AAGCAUUAUUGACUUCCUCUGGGUGCAGACCAGUGAAGCUGCAGCACAGCAAAAGUCUGAGAAAAUAAUUUCAUUACCAGGUUAACUGGAUCUCAGCAUCUCUCAGUGAAAAUGCCUCUACCUGCUCUGAAAACAGACCCCAAAUCACUCGGGAUUGUCCAGAUAAUGAAUGGAGCCGUGAUUCUCUUAUUUGGGAUUGUAUUAAGAAAUUCUGACCCUUUGAGUGUCCGCUCCGGGGCCGUGUACUGGGGCUCUCUUUGCUUUCUCAGUGCUGGUUCUCUGUCAGUUGCUGUCAUGGAUCAUCGUACUUCCUUAGUGGUGAAAUCCUCGCUGGUGAUGAACCUCCUCAGCGCUGUGGCUGCGGUUUUAACCGUCAUUAUGUUUUGUGUUGAUCUGGCUAAACUGGAUAAACAGAAAGAUCUGAGUACACCACAUAAACAGAUAGAUCACUUCAGUGAAGCACUCGUUUUCUUGAACUUGUUUGAGAUUUUGCAAGACACAUUCAGAAUGCUGCUGCUUUUUUCUGUACUUGAGGUCUGCAUGGCAAUCUGGACGUUUGUACUUGUAUGGAAAUCCAGGAACUCCACCUAAGCUACGGCCACACCUUAGGUAAAGGAUGAUGAUCCACGUGAGACUAACGUCGACUCGCCUUAACGCAUCUUCAGAACUUUUUUUUUUCUGCAUGUUUUG